CCGCAGACUGACAUCAGCCUCUCUGAGUGACACCACAGCCUCACCGACCUCCACAAACACGCCCCGCCUCCUCCUCCUCCUCCACACACCAUUCAGUGUUUGUCCCACGGUGUGCAGGCUGCCCGGCACCACCCCAAUGUGAGGUCCAGGCAGGAGCAUGGGGUGUGUGGCCAGCAAGCCGGACAUCAACGACCGCCACGCCAACAUCUUCCAGGUGGUCAAUGUGGACGAGGUGGGCCACCGUUUUAGCCCAGCCAAGCUGGAGGUGACGGAGGCCGACCUUGUGCUGCACCAGCGGGGCAAGGCGGCCAUCCGCUGGCCCCUCCGCUGCCUCCGCCGAUAUGGCUUUGACGCAGAGCUGUUCAGCUUUGAGAGUGGGCGGCGCUGCCCCACUGGCCCGGGCAUCUAUGCCUUCAAGUGCAGGCGGGCGGAGGCGCUGUUCAACAUGCUGCAGUUGCAGAUCCAGAACAUCACCGAAGAUGCCGCCUCCCGGGAACUGGGAACAGCCCUGCCCAUCCUGCCCACCAUGCCUUCCUUGCCUCCCCAUGAGGACCCAGUCCCUGGGGCCCCUGAAUUUGAGGGCUACCUGGACCCCCUCCAGCAGCGUCCCACUCACCCCCGAAUCCCCAACAAUGUGGGGCCGCCGGGAAACAGUGUGGCAGCGGGAGGGGCCGGGAACAUGGAUGCCGUGGGUGGGGCGGCAGCCUACGGGACGAGCAUGUACAGGUCGGUGGGACCCAUCCACUCGCCUGUCUCUCCGCCUACUCCUCUGGGCCAGCCACCGCUGCCGCUGUACGACAGCAGCUACGACGGCCUGGUUGGGGCGGAGGAGCCACCGCCCACCCCGGGCCACGACACUAGGGACUCGCUCCCCCCUUCUGCCUGCAUGAACCACGUGGACAAGGCGUGUCCAUCUUGGACCCUAUCACAGCUCAACCACAUGCGUCGACCCAUCUCCCACCUGCCCCCGCCCUACCCGCCUAACCAGGUGUACGUGAACGUGGGGCCGGAGAGCAGACACACAUACGUCAACAUGCAGCAGAAGGAGGUGUCGGUGGUGCCGGUAGUGCCGCCACGCCAGCCCACUGCGCCGGGCUCGGGCUCCUCCCACUCAGGCACCACCACCACGACGGACACAGACCACAAUCAACAGAUCAACUACAUUGUGCUAGAGAUUGACCAUGGCUCUGACUCCUCCGUGGUGCCCCCAACCAGCCCCUCGGGGUCUUGCUCACCCCAGGGCAUGUGCAAAGGCUACGCCCAGAUAGACUUUGAUAAGACGAGGGCGCUGAACGCAGCCAAGCAGGCAGCCGGGCGGGAGGACGGCUCACGCAAGACUAGGCACAACUCCACCUUUAGUGCGACCACGCCCACGAAUCUUGCCCACCACAACUCCUCCUUCUCGGACUGAGGCCGUGGGUGUGAUGGGCUCGGCCCCGUGCUGGUCCUUGGUGCCAAAGAAAUCAGUUUUGUGAUGUACAUAGUGCCGUGACGCCGUGCCGUUGCAAACUCGGCCCAGUGAAUAUAUAAAUAUAUAUAUAUAAUAUAAAUAUAUAUAUGACAGUGACAAGUGUGCCGCCUCAUAGACGAGCCUGAAUUUUCGUGUAGCAGUGUUUAUAUAUACAUUUUUUUUAACCUACCAAAGUGCCCCUCUAGAAGACAAGCUGCCCCACCCCGCCCCGCCCUGCCCCGCCCCGGCCUGCCUUGCUGACCUGCUUUACAUCUUAUCUCACCAUUGAUCUGUGUGACAACAGAAAAGUUUUUAAGGGGCUUUUGUGCGACCUAGUGAGCUAGCUACGUGGUGUGGUGAAGGGUGUGAUGUGGUGUGGUGUGUUGUGGUGAGUCGGUGUGGUAGAGGAUGUGUAGUGUGUCGUGUAGUGAUGAGUGAUGUGCUGGAGUGAAAGAGUGAGAUGAUCCAAGAAGACUUUGGCACUGACUUAUUUGAUAGUGUAAAAAAAUCAUGUUUGUGCAUUUUUCUUUCACACAUACACAAUGGAGAUUGUUAUUUGUCUUAGCUUUAUGAGAACUUGAUAAUAUUUACAACAACAACAACAUAAGGUCAUAUUCUAGUUAUUACUGACUGGUAAAUUAUCAACUUUAAAGUAAUUCUGAAACUGCUAUUGGCUGUGGUAACUUAUAUUUUUCUCAUGCAUUUACUUGAGUUAGUGCUAGCAUAAACAUACAAUAGUUUAAAAGAAGAUGGUAAAAAGUUUUAUUUCCUACAACUUGUCAGGUUUUUCAUCAGAAUGCUUAUACAUGACGCUCCUGCUGAAGUGAGGUAAGCGACUUGCACAAAAAAACGAGAAAAUUGUCAUCGAAGUCGGGUGUUGCUGCAUUUUUCCUCGGCACACGUGUGAAAAAAAAUGACCAUAAUGCCACAACGUCUGAAUUUUAGUUUGAAAAGCUGCCUCAGAAUGCCUGGAUAGUUGGUCGAUGUGAGGCAAGUGAUAUCUCAUGAUUGACCCCCAUGUCAUUUACCUCUUUUCAGCAGGGAGGAACACAUAGGGCCGUAUUACAAGUCAAAUCCAAGAAGUUUCAGGUCCCUACAAAGGUUAGUUUAGGGGCUGUAUUACACGUCGAAUCCGAGAAGUUUCGGGUCCCUUCAGUUAUUCAUCUCGAACUCUGUAGGAACUCGAAACUUCACGGAUUGGACUUACAAUACGGCCCCUAGACCGACCUUUGUAGGGACCCAAAACAUCUUGGAUUCGACUUGUUAACAGCCCAUCUACUCACAAAAUUAGAGCUGAAUGUUCAAGCAAGCUGGAUGUUGAUAUUUUCCCGAUACGCACACUGGGUCACUGCUCAAACUCAUCAGACAAUAGGAAAUUAACGAGACUUUUAUUAUAUGUAAGGGGAAAUUGUUACUGUUAUUAUAUUUUAUUUAUUACCGUCAUUAUCUUUAGGAAUGUCCCGGUUUCUUCCUGGCUUGCGUUUUCUUGGGGCCUGUGUGGGCGGGGCGGGCGGGGCCAAGGACUAAGGGUGCUCUCCGGGUGUGAGGUUAUGAGGGUGAAGCUAAGCGUCACCCAGGACUGGGGGCUGGGGCAGGCCUAGGUGGGUGUGGCACUACAGCUGGGCGGGAAGUGGGUGGAGUGGGAAAUAGGUGGGUGGAAAUGGGAUGAAUGAGGGGCAGAGUAGUGGGUGGGUGGGGGGCAGAAUGGGAGAUAGGUGAGUAGAAGGAGUGGAUGGGAGGCAGAGUAAGAAAUUGGUGGGUGGAAAUGGAGUGGAUGGGGGACAGGGUAGGAAAAAGGUAGGUGGAAAUGGGGGGCAGAGUAGGAAAUAGGUGGGUGGGUAUGGGGUGAAUGGGGGCAGAGUGGGAGGAUAUAGAUUGAAGGGGUGAUGAGUUGAAACUUUGCGGUAACGGAUGACUGGAUAUGUAAAGAGGAGUGAAGUGAGGAAGUGAAGAGGAGGAGGGGGGCCAUAGGGAGUACUUGGUAGAGACUGGAUGCUUACGGAUGACUGGGACAGGAAGAAGGAACUGGGUGAAGACUAGAGAGAGGGUGAAUAGGCUAGAGAAGGAACUGGAUGAGGGUACUGAGGAGAAAUUGUGUGGGUUAGAGGAGGAAGAGGAGUGGUAAGAGAGGACAGGAUAGAGAAAACAAUAGAGGCAGUGGAGUGAUAGCUGAGUUGGAGUAGUUAGUGAAUGGAUAGUGACAGUGUGGAUGUAAUAAAUGUAUAGUGAAGAGUGGGCGGAGAUUGAAGGUGGCAAGAGACAGAUGGUGAUGAUGCUAGGGAUGGGUAGAGAGGUGGAGUUAACUGUGUAUUUGGCUGUGGAUGAGUGGAUGUUCAGGAGGAUUUGGUGGCUAUUAGUGGGUGGGUAUGAUGGGGAGGACAGCAGGUGGGGAUGAAAAUGUGGAGUCAAAAGGGUGGAGACUAGGUAAAGUGGGGAAUGACAGUGGGGAUUGAAGUGGAUGGGUGUGAUGGGGAAGAGUUAGUGGAGGUAAACUGUAAAGCCAAAGGUGCGGAGACUAGGGAGGGUGGGAAGAGUGUGUAUGUUGGGAUGGGUGGCGGAGAGUAGUGAGGCAGUGGGCAGGUGGAGGGCGGGGCAGCCACACCCACGCCAGGGCAGCACCACCACCCAGCAGGGAGUGAAGGUCUGUCUGCAUGGCUGUCAGCCGUGGAGACGGAUAAAAAUGGAUUAUAACAAAUUGUAAAGUUUUUUAUGGAACACGUAGCAUAGAUUUGCACAAUUUGUGUAAAAUGCUUUGUGCCCCGAGCCCGGCCGAGGGUGGGGGGUGGGGUGGUCGGGCGGGGCAAGUUUGUAUCAUAUACCCAAAACUAACCCAAGAUAAUAAAAUUUGCAUUGUUUAUUUGACUAGAUUUUGACUAGAAUAUAAAAUGUUAUUAAAAUCA